AUGACUACCACCACUGAGACCCUCACGCCGGAGAAACUCGCAGAGGCGAAAGCCAACUUCAAGAAGGAUGGAUUCGUGAUAAUCCCCAACGUGAUCUCGACUGAGAAAGCCAAGGAGGUGCUGGAUCGCCUCUGGAAGGCCCGAGAUGAGAGCGAACGUCGAGGCGAUCCGACCCAUCUGGCAUGGCUCGACCCCAACGAGAGUAACGUCCGUGUUUUCUAUCUGAUGAACCUGGACCCGAUCUUCCUGGAAUUGAUUCAGCACCCGACCGCCAUCCAGAUAGUGAAGGCAGCUCUGGAAUCGGAUAAUUUCCUCAUUUCCAACUUCACCGCCAACAUCGCGCGACCGGGGUCCAAGUCCAUGGGUCUGCAUUCAGACCUCUCUCUGCAAUGCCCCGCGCCUUGGGAGAAGACGUGGGCGGCCAAUGUAAUCUGGUGCAUCACCGACAUCUACGAGGAAAACGGAGCAACCAUGUACAUUCCCGGCAGUCACCAGUGGAAAACCCCAGACGACGUGAUCAGUGGGGAAGAAGAAAAGAAAUUAUACAAGCCGUUCGAAGCCAAGGCUGGCUCCAUCGUGGUCAUGGACGGCCGCCUCUGGCAUAAUUCCGGCAGCAACGUCACCAAGGACGUCGACCGAGCGCUUUUAUUCGGGGCAUACAAUGCACCUUUCCUGCGCGGUCAGGUCAAUUGGGCCGUGGGUCUCUCGGACGAGGUAAAGGCCACUUUGAGCCCGCAGAUGAGAGACUGGCUGGGAGUCAACCGGGAUGGUAAUCUUGGGGUGGUGACGGGAGAGAACGAUGUCUUUAAAGAAGGGAAGGAUGUUCCUCGAAAUUAA